AUGCCUCCCCUCCCUCGACCCCGCCGCCUCGUAGGCGUCUCGCUGAAGAUGUACUUCGACCUCCCCGGUACCCUCUCCUAUAUCCGCGGCGUCCUACAACUCGAUGGCGAGGCCUGGAACGCCCGCAUUGAUCUCUUUGUCAUCCCUGACUUCGUUUCCCUCACCGAAUCUGCGCGCAUCCUCGAGUCCUCGUCCGUCAUGCUUGGCGCCCAAGACACCUUUUGGGAAGACAAGGGCGCGUAUACAGGCGAAGUCAGCCCCCUAGUACUUCGACAAGCUGGUGCGAGGAUCGUUGAGAUUGGGCAUGCAGAACGAAGAGCUACAUUUGGCGAGACGGACGACUGGGUCGCCAAAAAAGCGGGUGCUGCAGCGAAGAAUGGGCUGAUUCCGCUGGUUUGUAUUGGGGAGAGGACACAUCACAAUAUUGCCUCGGCGGCGGUGGGUGCAGCAAUCGAAGAGUGCAAACCGCAGGUUCUGUCGGUGCUGGCUGCUGUGCCUGACGAUACCGAAGUCAUACUGGCGUAUGAGCCUGUGUGGGCGAUUGGCGCAAAGGAGCCUGCAGACCCAGACCAUGUUGUCAAUGUCACGAAAGAGCUGAGGAAGCUGACUACUGGGAGGAAGGGCGUCACAAGAAUUGUCUAUGGAGGGAGCGCAGGACCUGGUACCUUUGCGAAGAUUGCAGAGGGCGUGGAUGGCUUGUUUCUGGGGCGGUUUGCGCAUGAUAUUCACAACUUGCAGAAGGUCAUCACAGAAGUUGGUGGCGCGAAGUAG